AUGUCAAUUUAUGUUAACGAAUUUGUCGGUGUAGACGAAGCAGGCGUUGCCGGUAGCGAGCAACAGCCAUUCAAGACACCAGCUUUUGCAUUAUAUGUUUCUGGGGAUGACAGUAAGUUGCUUGUAUUCAAGAAGGGCGAUGAGCAAGAAUCCGAGGGAUACUUUGAGAUCAGUGCCAGUGGUUUAAAGAAGGCCAAGAAGGGUGCUGAAGGUUUGAAGAAAAAAGCGUUGAAGCAAAAGGAACAAGAAGAGAAGAAGCGUGAACAAGAGGCCAAGAAUGCAGCUAAGAAAUUGGAGGCUAUGAACAUCUCUAUUGAGGAGGACAAGAGUUUACCAAAGGCUGAACGUUGCAAGAUCAAUGGUUCUUACAAUGCAAUUGACAAGAGAGUUAAGGUCAGUGGUUGGGUGCACAGAUUGCGUAACAACAAGUCUGUUGUGUUCAUCAUCUUGAGAGAUGGUACCGGGUUUUUGCAAGCAGUUUUGACUGGGGACCUGGCUAGAUCUUAUCAGAUUGUUAACUUGACUCUUGAAACUACCAUUUCUUUGUACGGUACUAUCAAGAAGGUUCCUGAAGGUAAGAACGCUCCAGGCGGAGUUGAGUUGUUCGUCGACUAUUACGAAAUUGUUGGUUUGGCUCCAUCUGGGGAAGAAGCCUUCACUAAUAAGGUGCAAGAAAAUGCGGAUCCAUCCAUCUUGCUCGACCAAAGACACUUGAUGUUGAGAGGUGAAACUCUUUCUGCUGUGAUGAAGGUGCGUGCAGCUUUGAUGAGAUCUAUUCGUCGUGUUUACGACGAGGAGAACUUGACCGAAGUCACCCCUCCAUGUAUGGUGCAAACACAAGUUGAAGGUGGUUCCACUUUGUUCAAGCUUGACUACUACGGUGAAGAAGCAUACUUGACACAAUCCUCCCAAUUGUACUUGGAAACCUGUCUAGCUGCCUUGGGUGACGUCUACUGUAUCCAAGAGUCCUUCAGAGCCGAAAAGUCCCACACAAGAAGACAUUUGUCUGAAUAUACGCAUAUUGAAGCCGAAUUGUGCUUCUUAGACUUUGACGACUUGUUGAGCCAUAUCGAACGUGUCAUCUCUAAGACCGUCCAAUACGUUUUGGAAGACCCUGUUGCAGGCCCAUUGGUCAAACAAUUGAACCCUGGCUUCAAGGCCCCACAACUACCUUUCAAGAGAAUGGAAUACAAAGAUGCUAUCGAAUGGUUGAAGGAACACGGCAUCAAGAACGAAGACGAUGAAGAAUUCAAGUUCGGUGAUGAUAUCGCUGAAGCUGCUGAAAGAAAAAUGACGGACACCAUUGGUGUUCCAAUCCUAUUGACCAGAUUCCCAUUGGAAAUUAAGUCAUUCUACAUGAAGCGUUGUGCAGAUGAUCCUCGUGUUACUGAGUCUGUUGACGUGUUAAUGCCAACUGUGGGUGAAAUCACCGGUGGUUCCAUGAGAAUUGAGGGUACCGAAGAAUUGAUGGCCGGUUUCGAACGUGAAGGUAUUGACCCAGCUUCUUACUACUGGUUCAUUGACCAAAGAAAGUACGGUACCUGUCCCCACGGUGGUUACGGUUUGGGUACUGAACGUAUCCUAGCCUGGUUGUGUGACAGAUUCACUGUCAGAGAUUGUUCUCUAUACCCACGUUUCUCUGGUAGAUGUAAGCCAUGA